AUGGGGACUUACAUUAGUAAAGAUACUCGGCGAAUCAGUUUUGAUAAUGACUUUGCAUUAAGUUCUCCUAUACCCCUUCAAAAAUCUAUAGAAGCAGAAAAUGUGAUAGCAUUUGAUAACCUACCACCAGAACCAUCGGAUGAAAUUCUAUUUAAAGACAGUACAGAUUUUCAAGAAGAUGGUGAAAUGGAUUAUUGGUCACAUAGAAUAGAUUAUCUAAAGAAAGAACAUCAAGUCAUUAACAAAAUAAUUGAGUCUGAAUAUGAUAAAAGCAUUGAAAUAACGAAUAAAACAUACGAACCUCCCAAAAUAACUCAUGAAAAAAUACAAAAAAUUAAACCUUGUUUUGAUUGGAGAACAAAGAUUAUGAAAUGCUAUGAAGAAAAUUCUCAUCAACCUUUGGUGUGUUCAGCGUUGGUGCAAGCUUUUACUAAUUGUGUGACAAACUGCAGGUUGGAAGAUUAA